CUUCGUGCAGCUCAGCCAAAUACACAUGAUGACCAACAACAACACCACCAGCCUCAUCAACAGCAAUUCAAACAACAAGCUGCCAAAUGGUAAGCCACCACCACCGCCACCACACGCGCAUGCGCUCUCCUCGUUGCCACGCUUUGGCAGCACCACAAGCAGCACACGUCGUGAACCGUCAGCCAGCGUCAGCGCCGAAAGCUCACUUUCAAACGAGCCACCCUACAGCCAGCAACUUGCCAAUCAGAAUGGACAACGCGCCACCACCAACGCCGAUCGUUACAUACGCCUCACACAGGAUCAUUUCAAUCACAACAAUGGCCCAUACGGCAGCAUUGGCAGCGGCGGAAAACAUGGCAAUCAUGCCAAUACGCUAGGAGCUGAACGUUCGCCACGUGAAAGUGAAAGUAACUACAUACACAAUAAUUCACAUUAUUCGCUGCCGUUGGAUCAUGCGCUCACAGCUACUACAGCAACGCCACCGCCACCACCACCGCCAGCGUUGCCCAUGCGCAAUGGACAGCUAAUUAAUAACAACUGCAACGGCACUGGCGCACAGCGGCAAGCAGCAUACAAUAACAACAGCUGCAGUAAUGGUUAUGCUACGAUAGGUGGAGGAGGCGGCAGCAAUCAUUUUGGCGGCGGCGGUGGUGGUGGUGUUGUGGCAAUUGGAGUUGGCGGCGGAAAUAAUAACAACAACAAUGGUAGUUUACGACGCUGUCACUGAUAUACGCUCAAGGGCGAUUGGUGUGGCACAAGCCGCAGCGCCUAUUACGAGAAAUUCGAUUAUGCAUACGAACAUCCGGCUGCGACGGCGAAUAGGAACAGCUUCGAGAUGUGCACGUUUGUGAGGCCAUAAAGGGUGGGGAGGGUGGAUAGAAGAGUAGGAGGGGAGAGUUGAGAGGAAGAGAAGGAGAGCAAGAGAGUUACUGAGGACUAACGAGCAAGAGACUAACAAUAAAGAAAGUUUGAAUAGACCCGAAAACUAUAAGAAAAAGUAGCAGCCAAAGUAGUAAAGCGUAAAGUGUGGUAUAGUGAAAAACUCGUAAUAUUUACCAGGCUUUCAGUAGGAGCUAUAAUAAAAGUCUAGAAGACUCAGAAAAAUAUUUUACUACUGGCUCUCAAGCCGACUACUGGGACUAGGUAUAGAAAAAUAUCGCAAAAGUUGAGGUUUAGCCGGAUACAUAGACUAAUACACUGUCGAGAAAUUGAAUGGUCUUUGCGCAAAAACAGGGAAAUAUGAGCUAAUGGCGUAAAUCUUUACUGCGUAGAAAGUAAUUUUCCGCUUAUUUUGUAUGGGCGCAUCAGAAACUAUCUCCUUUACAAUAUUUUCAAGUGAUAUCCGUAAGCAGUUUCGGUCAGACUUUAAAAAAGCUUUUGGGUGAGAGACUUUCUAUAAGUCCGAUAAUGAUUAAACCCUUGAGCGCUUUGAGGAGAACAUUCUGACCACAGUGAGACAGGGCACUUUUGUGAACUGAUAAAAUAAUAAAAUAGUUUGUACAGAAACAAGUUGGCAUUCAGACGAAGGAAAGAAAAAAAAACGUUUAUUCAAUAUUUUUUACGAUUUGCUUAUAACUGAGAGUGCAUUCACACAUAAAGCCGAGCGGCGCCGAGCGAAGCAAAGUGGAAUAUGGCUAAGCUGUUGGUGCUCACACUGAACGAAGUUUUUCUGAUGGACUCGGCUGCAAUGAUGCCACAAAAAUGGCCCUCAAUGAAAAGCGUAAAAGUAUUUGCUCAAUUUUAUUCAAAAUAUUGGUUGUAAAAUUUGUUUUUCUUGGAAUAUUUUGAUCUCAUUUUUGCAUCAGCGUUAAAAUCAAAACUGCUCAAAAACGGUUCUGAAAAAGCUUGCUGUAUGAGCACUGUCAUAUAGCUAAAGCAAUUUGAAAGCUUCACUCAUCUCGAAACGGCUCGCUUGCUGUGUGAACGUACCCUUAGAAACUGAAACUGGGCAUACAGAGUAAAAGAUCUCUCUGUUGGCCUCUGAUAUAAAAUCCGUAGAAAUAAAUUCAACAGCUUUCUUCGCCCUAGUUGCUCUGCUACAUUACUUGCUCUGAGUUUUACAUUACCUAUUAGUAUUUUAUAGCGUUUUAUUUUCUACGCAUAAGUUUUGGCCUUUUAUAUAGGUAGUCUUGCUUUGCAUUGCCCUGAACCCUAAGAAAAUGUUCCGCUCUUUAUAUGAGAAUGAAACAAAAAAUAUGAUACUCCAUCACAAGUUCAUUUAUAGAACUUAAUAGAACUCAAUUUUUCACUUGCACUGUGGGUAUUUAAUUAAUUUCAUAGGAAAGCCCUUAUUUCGGAUACGAAAAACUAUUUUAUUUUUACAAGCGUAAAUUAAAAAUUAACCGUUCAACUCUCACCCUCGCCCGGAUCAAAAGAACACUACGCCCUGUGAAAGAGCUGAGAAAAGAACAUGAAAAUUUGACAGCACUUACUCAGGGCAGAAUAAGUGCAGCCUUUUUUUCGAGAAAGUAAAACGCGAUUAGUAUCUACGCAUUUCAUGUUACGACCAUCUUAAAACUAUGAUCACAUAUCAAAAUUAUCUCAAUCAAAUUUCGUUUUUUAUUCACCCCGUUUACACAGGCAAAUCUCAGAUUAUUAGCCGUCAAAUUUGUUGUGCUCACAUCUCAAGGAAAAGUUAUGUUUCUUCUCUGUGCCGCCGUGAUCACUUUUGUCUGCUAUAUUAAGCACCUUAAAUAUACUUGAACUUUGUAUUUUAUUAAAAAUUCCUUUACAAACCUCUCUUCCUUGCUAGCGUCCAUUUUUGUUUACUUUUACAUCUGGCAUUUCUCCUCUUCUUCGCAAAAAUAAUCGAUAAAACUUGGUUGAACACUGAAAAGUUAUCUGUUAAAUCUGAGAUUAUUUUGUAAUUACAAAUUAACAAGGGACGAAUUUUGUAUGGCAAAUCUCUUUUGCUAAUUACAGAUUAGGGUGUUAAGCUCGAAAAUGAGGAUAAUCUACUUAUAUGUGAACCUAGUAUAAUACAGACAUGUUUGAAGUUUUGACUUAAUUCUUGCGCUCAUAUCGAAUUUAGAGCUUUGCUGGGCUUCGAGAUUUAUAGUAGAAUUUUAUGAUAAAUAUUUUUGUGACACAUUUUAACCACGUUUUAUAUGUAAGUUUUAAGCUUUGCCCCGAAGAGAGAAAAAAGGCACAUCUACUGAGUAGUUAGAGGGUUAAAAUGUUCCAAAAAAAUUCUGUAUCUAAAAUAUAAGCAUUACAAGUCUUUCUAUGCCAAUUCAUCAUAAAGUUGUGUAGGUUUAGAAGUUUUUGCGAUAGUAACUACAUUUUUUGGACUGUCAAAAAAGUUUAUGACUUGAAUGCAAAUAAUACCUUAGCAAACACUUUCCGUUUUACAUGCAAAAAUUUCUUCUUUGAAAUUCUUCUUUUUGUAUGGCACUUUAACUUCCUAGGCGAGUUUGGCCCAGCUCAGUAAACCAUGCCUGUCGUUUUUCUUCUGUGCCAACUGACGCUAAUUGGGAAGGCGCCAAGUACUUCUCCACUUGGUCUUUCCAACGCAGAGAAGAUCCAACGUCUGCGGUGGCGUUUGCAUAAGACUUAAUGCAUACACCACCACAUUUGAAUAGCUCAGCUGGCAGGCAGUCAGCUCCCGUGGCUUUGUUUCUUUUUUGUGUUUUUUUUUCAGCCGCGGAGUUGCUUCUCGUACCUCGCCAUAGCCGGGUGGCGGUACUUCGUCUCCGUCUUCUUCGACAGGGUGCUCGAGUUCAGCUCCUUGGCUGGUUUCAGCGUUAUUACCACUCAAAAUGGUGGAAAAAUAUUUCCUCCAUAAUUUAAGCAUGCUCUGAACAUCGGAAAAUAUGUAGGUCACCGUAAUUGUUCUUACAGAAAUAUUAACUGGUCUCGGAAGUCGCCUAACUUUUCUUUAGAAGUGUUUUUAAAAUUUCUAAAUUAAUUAAGAAUUGCUCCCAAAAAUCUACACUAAAUUAUGUCAACUAAAAAUUGUGGCUCGUUUGUGGGUGAACACAUUUUCAGUUCGCCCCAUACCAUAAAUUAUAUUUGCUAUUACCCAGAAUACCGACCACUGAGAUAAUGCAUAAACUUUUUUCGUAAUUUUUCAUUCUUCGAAUUAUAUGUGAAAAAAUAUUUCCAGUAGCGAAAACCCUCUCUUAAAUUGAAUUAAAUUCAAUUCCGUCGCAGCCGAUUUUCGUCGUACGCGGUUCCGUGUGCGUUAACCCUUAUGGCUUUGCUAUCGAUUUCCGUAACAAAAAAAGUAGGCAACUGUUUUCGUGAUUAGUUUACGUGUUAAAAAAAACGUUAACUUGUAAUUUUUCAAAAGCAGCUUUAGAUUAUUGUAAUUUUAUGAUUAAUUUAUAUAUAUAUAUAAUUACAUAUGUAUGUAUGUACUUUGUAUUAGCUUUAAAGCUUAACAAAAAACGAUUCGAAAUGUCCGCACAUGUAUAUACAUAAGUACGUAGUAGUGUAUACAUGUGGCUAGGAAAGUGGGUCUCCAUUAAAGACUUUUUUUUGCACAUAUACAUACAUAUGUACAUGCAUGCAUAUCCGCUCGUGUAUGUAGGUAUGUGUAUAUUUAUAUGUACGUGUAUGUAAGCGCUGUAAAUUUUACUUGCAAAACUCGGAAAAAUACGUGUAUUCAGCAAAAGCAUUUUUUGUAAAAAAAAAA